AUGCCCUACAAACUCACCAACAGAAACGUUCUCGUAACAGGUGGAACCCGAGGAUUAGGCGAAGUCAUCUCUCUUAAAUUUGCGGCGGAGGGUUGUAAUGUUGCUAUUAACUAUGUUUCUAGUGGGGAGAAGGCGCAGGAAAUGAGGGAGAGAAUGGAGAGGGAGUGGGGGGUUAAGGUCAUUUGUUUGAUGGGUGAUAUGAGUCAAGAAUCCGAUUGCAUUUCUGUGGUGAAGGAAACAAUCAAGGAGUUUGGAGGGCUGGACAUCAUCAUAUCAAAUGCUGGCUAUACACGGUUCUCGACUUUCUCCGAUCUCUCAGCUCCUAACCCAGAUGACUGGCAAAAAUGCUAUGCUACGAAUGUGGUGGCUCAGUCUAUCUUGUUGAAAGAGGCGUUGUCUACAUUUCAGGCGAACGAUGAGGGAGGAGUAUUCAUCAUGACGAGCAGUAUUGCGGGGGUCAUUACUGGGGGCAGUUGCAUGCCAUAUUCCGUGACAAAAGCCGCACAAUUACAUUUGAUGAAAUGCUUGGCUGCUACCCAGGGACCAAAAGUAAGAGUUAAUGCCGUGUUGCCGGGUUUGGUACUUACAGAAUGGACGCAGGAGUCAUCACAAGUGUUACCUUUGACUAAUGACGGCCGCAAUCAAUCUGACACUAGAAUUACACAGGGGAGGACAUAUUCGGAGGAAGAUCAGGAGAAACUGAAGGAUAAAGCAUAUUUGAAACGGGUGACGGACAUCGAAGAUUGUGCUCAAGCAUUCGUGGACAUCGCGAAGAACAGCAGCAUGACAGGACAGAAAAUACAAGUUGAUUCUGGACUUGCACAGAAUGUGUGA